CGUACUAUUGGAUCAUUAUGACGGGGAUUGUGCAGGCUGCGAUUGCGUACGGAACAAAUAUCUGUUCAGUGACAAUUAUUGAAGUGAGUUUUGCACCCCUCUACUUGACGUUUCUCCCUCCCGCCGCUUUUGAUUUAUGACAGAUGCUUAGGAAAUCACCUAACCCAAAAUAUUCGUAUGUGUUUCAAUCCACAAACCAAACAGAUGAAGUUCGACAUGACCUCUCGGUUCUUGGAAGAGGGAUCGAUCCUUCGCGCAUUCUUCAGUUUUUAUUUAGUUCAGCUUUUCUUUGCGGCAAUCGCAGCACUCUGCGUUUACAUUGAACCCAUAUCUGGUGGUUCGGGCAUACCAGAGGUAAAAUGCUACCUGAACGGAAUCGAUCUUCCACGCGUUCUUGAUGUAAAAACGUUGUUUUGCAAGGUCAUUGGGGUGACUUGUUCGGUGUCCGCUGGUCUCCCCGUCGGUAAGGAAGGUCCUAUGAUUCAUUCUGGCGCCGUUGUGGCCAAAAUGGUAUCCUCCGGAAAUGUUAAAAACGACCGCCAGCUUAGAGACCUGGUGACCUGUGGGGCUGCCGCGGGUGUUUGCACAGCCUUUUCGGCUCCGAUCGGUGGCAUCCUGUUUGCUCUAGAGGAAGGAGCAAGUUACUGGAGUCCAUCGGUCACCUGGAGAACCUUCACUUGCUCGAUGAUUGCCCUAACGGCUCUAAUGAUGCUGGAGUCUAUUGGGAUUACUUUUGGAAGGGUUGGUUUCGAUAAACUCUUCUCGUUUGGGAAUUUCAUAUUCGAAAAAGGGCAAUCCAGCUAUGCUAUAUAUGAACUCGGCAUUUUCGUUGCAAUCGGUGCCGCGGGUGGUCUGAUUGGUGCAAUUUUCAACGAUGUCAACGAGCGAAUCACGCACUGGAGAAUGAAACAUGUCAACACAUCCAAAAAACGCCGGUUCAUGGAAGUGAUGUUGAUUUCCACCCUCAUGUCCUGCGUUAUGUUCUUUUCGUCUUUGGCGUGGCCAAUGUGCGCAUCGAUAUCCGACAUAAUCGAAGAGGAAUCGGCUCGACAAAACCUUUACGAGAAGCUAGUUCGAUUUCGCUGCGAAGAGGGGGAAUACAAUGAAUUGGCAACUCUCAUUUUUGCCGAGCCAGGAGAUGCAAUCAGGCUUCUCUUUCAUCUCCACAAAAACGCCUUCAGCACCUAUGCCUUGCUGGCGUUCUUUCUACUUUACAUUGGGGUUGCUGUGGUCACCUAUGGAAUUGCGAUCCCUUCGGGUUUGUUUGUUCCGAGUCUGCUCUCUGGGGCGGCAUUCGGGCGUCUUUUUGGGAACCAGCUACGGAAACUGUAUCCCCACUUGGCAUUCAGCAACACUUACUCACUCAUUGGCGCGGCCGCAGUUUUGGGAGGGAUGGCCCGCAUGACCAUUAGUCUGACAGUGAUUUUAUUGGAGUGUACCGGAAACGAACAGUUCGUCCUGCCGCUGAUGUUGGUUUUGAUGACGGCCCGCAUCGUCGGGUCUGUUUACAACGAUGAUUUGUAUCACAUCCACAUCCACCUGAAAAAGGGAGUGGAGUUUCUCGAAGCCGAAUUGACAUCCAUUACCCUUCACCACAACCUCGUGGCCGGGCAAAUCAUGGGCGCAAACGUUAUUUUCAUUCGGCCGGUAGAAAAAGUCGGCGUGGUCUACGACAUCCUGAUGUCCGCGAAGCACUCAAAUUUUCCCGUGGUGGACACGGACGAUCGAAACGUCCUCGACGGAACCAUCGGCCGCAACACACUCUGCAUUCUUCUCAAGGAACGGGCGUUCGGAUAUCCAAUGAACGACACCCACGUUGGCCCGGGAAACCACACGGCCAUAUCUUCAAACUUUUUGCAGGUCUAUGAACGAAAAUACCAUCCCCUCGUCCAAUGGGACGUGCUUUACAGAUCCUAUCCCCGGUAUCCCGACGCGAAAGACCUACGAAUCACGGACGAGGACCGCGAGCAGCUCGUCGAUCUGCGGCCGUACAUCAACAAUGCGGCCAUCACCGUGCAAGAAACAUCUUCAGUCGAGGUACGUCGGAGAUUCGUGGAGAGCCUGUUCGGCUCCGGAUCAUUCCCAAUUCAAUUUAGUCCAAUACUGUGCUAUUCCAGCGCUUGUUUCUCACUCCUGCUUUUCGAUUUCUGUUCGGCCAAUGCUGUGCAACAAUGCUGAAAUUGUCAUGCGUGCGCAGAGAACGUACUCAAUGUUUCGAAAUCUUGGUUUGCGCUUUCUUCCGGUCGUCAACAAGUACAACCAKGUGGUUGGUACGAUUACGCGAAGCGAUUUGACGCCGGAUGCCCUUGCGGAGACCAUGCUGCAAAAAGGAAAGAAACAUGAGCCCGUCAACAAUGGCAGUUUCAUGAGGUGACAGACGCAUGCAUCGAAGAACGCAAUCCCGUUCGAGACCAAUACAAGGAUGGUACGAACGCGAGCGGGAGACAAUAGCUAGAAUUCUUGUUUCUUCGAUUCAGGGGCAGAAUUUCAAAAUGAGGACCACAUCAACAAAUGAAUCAUUAAAGAUUUGCGCAGUCCGGUGUUGCAAGCUAGCAAUCGAACCGGACCCACUAUUCAUUUGGAACAGCCGAUUGUGAUCGAAAUGAUCCCAUGGUCUUCGCUUGAUUUAUGUACUAUUCAUAACAUAAUAAUACCAAGCUGUAGUUAACGAUCGAUUCAUUUGGAAUUCUAUUCUGGUUCCUAGUUGCUCGUGAGAAAAAAAAAACAGAAGGCCGAACGCUUUGGCGAAUCCUUUGGCACCGCCGACUUCCGGACCGAAAAGGUUCGGAUCGUUGUUGUUGUUGUUGGCGCGGGCCCCUUCCUCUCCGCGGACUAUGCCUCGGAAUCUCUGUGCUCGGUCAAUGGGCAGCAGGAACCCGAUUGAGUUUUUCCUCUUCGGCAGGUUCGCUAGCUACCGGAUCUCCGGUAUUGCCACACGC